AUGUUAUCGAAUAUAUGACGAGAAUAGAAAAAAUGCAGAAUAAAUAAAAAAAAUAUUUUUAAAUCAUCUUUAAAAAGAUGUUAAAGUGUUAAGAGAAUAAGAAAAAGGUGCCUAAAAUUCAAGAGCGUGAGAGAGAAAGAGAGAUAAAAAGAUUUGAUAUGAAGCAGAAAAAAGAUUAGAGGAUAUGGUGUUAAUUAAUAAAGAGUUAUAAAUAAUUAAGGAAAAAAUUUAAUUAGAUCUAAAAAGUAGUGUAACUAAAAAAAAGUGGAAAUGAUUUAUUAGUAAAAAGAUGCAAGCAUGAAUUCGUGCGAUAACUAAGCAGUUUUUUUUUUUUUUUAAACAAAAAGACCACAGUGACGUCAAAUUCUCACAAGAUAUAUUCUUCUGAAUUAUCUUAAGUCAAGUAAAAAAAAAAAGAAACAAAUUAAUUAGUGAACAAGAAUUGUGAAAUAGCUUGCAGAGUAUUGUAACUUACAGAGCAGUAGCCAUGACAGAUUGCUUGGAAACGCUGCUUAGCAGCAUGUCCAAUACCUUCAAUAGCGAAUGUACCACGAAUGCAGAGGUCGACCUCACCGAUGAUAAGACUGUUAAGUGGCGUAACUUGUCCAAGAAUCAAUUUGCCAGCAAAGAUAAAGACAAGAAGAUAAUGAAAGUCAAAGACAAUGAUAAUACUAUCUCAAGCUCCAAUAAUUCUAUUAACGGCGCAUUGCCUAAUAAUAGUAGAGUAGAAAUAAAAGCUUUAUCGGUCGAAAACAGAACAAAAGAUAUAAAGGAAGAAGAGCACUUAAUUAAAAAUGAUGAAAGUAAUGACAAGAAAGAAGACGAGGAGCAGUUGCAAAAAGAUGAAGAUAAAUUAAACGCUAACGUUGAAAAAACUUUUAAGGAACUAUUAGAAGAUCACGAGCCAGAGAAAUCAAUCGAGAAUGUUGAUAACGAAAACGUGGAUCAAAGUUCUAACGCAGAAAAAACAGCAGUUUCAAAGGAAAUAUUAAAUAUCGCGUCAACAGCAAUUAUUACAAACGUUAACAAUUUAAAUCAAGGCCAACAACAAUUAGCAAAAUGCACUACGCAAACAACAACAACUACUAUCACUACCACCUCCCCUAUAAAAUCAUCUGCUUGCGUUCCCUCUACGACGUCUUCUACUUACGCCCCUGCUAACGAUAAAUCUGAAAAAUUCAUAUUAAAUAUAUUAGAAAAUUUGUCCGAUAACAAUUUUACACAAGAAGAAACGAAUGCAACAACAACAACAAUAAUAACAACAACAACAACGAUGACAACAGCAACAACAAAAACCACAGCAAUUAAUAAUACCACCACUACCACCACUACAUUAACAUCAUCGUUAUUGCCAUCGACAUCACCAUCCUGCUCGUUUACUACACAUAAUGAAUACACGACUGAUGUAAAUACUACAAGUACUGUUAGCGCUUGUUCUUCUUCCUCCACAUCGUCAUUGGCACUCACAACCAAAACACUUGUUGUUGUUGCUACAACUAUUACGACCCCUACUACCACUGCUGCUGCUAUUAGCACUACUACCAAUACUGCUGAUAACGCUCAAACAUGCGAGAAUAUAAAUCCAGUUAAUUCCCAAACAAGCGAACAAUGUAACACAUGUACCACUGUUGCUUGUCUUCUUGAUGAUGCUGUCGGUAAAUUUUCAGAAAAUACGUCGAAGCAUUUAGCCGUUGAUGAUGUCGCCGCUGCCGACAGUAAUGCUCCAACAACUCUUAAGACUAAAGAUGGUAGUGAAGAUAAUCCCGUUAAAUCAGAACCUGUCGUCGAUAAUAUUACUGAUGAAAAAAUUAAUAAAAGUUCCUCCCGUUCCGCAAGCCUCAGUCCUCAACGUCGCUUACGUGGCUCUUGCAGAUCUGUUGACUUUAAUAUUGAUGAGGAAGAGCAUGUGCAAAAAUCCCAUGAUGAAGUUUCCAAUGAAGUAGAGGAAAACGUUGAAAAGCCUGUUGUAGUUAAUAAUGUAGCAACUAUUACACUUGUAACACCUAUUCGACGUGGGCGUGGUAGAGCGAGAAAAGUCGAUACUAAUGAAGGGCAGGAAAGUCAACCGAAAGAGCUAACAGCGAAUGAAAUUUCACCCAGUAAUGAACGCAAAGUCGGUGGCCGUAAGCGUAAACAAAACGAUGAAGACAAUGAUCAGUUGGGCCACAUUAUGAAAUAUGAAGAAGAAGAUGGCAAAUGUAUGAGACGUAGUGUGCGAUUAGGUAAUCGUUUGGAUGGUUUUAAAAUUUUGGAGGAAGAGCAAAAAGUAGAAUCAGUUGAUACUUUGAAAGCUGUAGAAAGUUCGCAGAGUGACUUAAAGUCUUUGCGCUUUGCCAUCGACGAAAAAGUUCCCCCGCGAAAACGUGGCCGCAAAGCUAAAGUACAAAUAGAAGCAGAAAAACUUUUACAACGGCAAAUUUCCAAUAACAAUAACAACAACAAUAAUACUGAACAAGUAUCACCUCAUGGACACAAUAUUAUGUCUAAUAAACGUGGUGGCACCACUCUUCCAGUCACCGACACCGUGGUACCGAAACGUUCUCAAAGGCGCAUAAAACCUACCACAAAAAUUUUGGAGAACGAUGAACUACGUUACGAAUUUGAAACUAAAAAUAUUGAACGCAUUACAGCUCAAGUUUGGGAAAAUAGUGAGCUGAACGAAACCACACCUACACAUCAGAUAAGUGGUGCUGGCAACAAUAGUGCCAGUCUGGACAAGUAUACGAAUUCUUCGAAACAGAGAAGCGAAAAGUCUGACGGAAGCAAUGACAGCCAUCCAUCGGGAACGAACGCCAUAAAAAAGAAGCUAUUCGCUAAAACUAAAAGAGAUUUGGAAAAUUCUGGGGCGGCCUUAGACGCGGCACAAAAUUCACGUAAACUCUGUCCCGAUAUAGACAAGUUUUUGCAUGAAAUUAAAACAGCGAAAUUAAAUUUGAAUCGGUCGCCGGAAGAUCGCAAAUUAAGCAAAAAGCAGCAACGUAAAUUGGCGAAACAAAAAGAGAAACAUUUAGAGAAGCUGGGUUUGCGUCGUAAUGGCAGCGAUGAUGGCACCGAUUUGGAUAGUCUCAGUGACAGUGAGGAGUUUGUACCCACCACUCGAGUACAAGUGCCUAAACCUAGUGUUACUCUCCGUAUAAGAACUGGCAAGGAAGCAACGCCUCAACCUCAGUUAAUUAAUAAUACAAAAUCGACAAACAGUGUCACCAUGACUGCAACAUCCAUUGCCACUUCCACAACAACCACAACAACAACAACUUUGAGUACAACGGCUCGUCGGACUCAGAGACAAAAGUUGGCAGAAAAAUCUGUAGGAAUUAAUUGUCAACAACCAAAAACGCUUAACAAUGCUUUGGAAUCCACAGGAAAUGUUGCAAUUAAUUCAAGUUCCGCCACCGUUCCUGGUGCUUCUAACAAACCUGCUCGUAGCUUGAUUUGUUUAUGCCAAAAAUCCUCUAAUUAUUAUACACGCAAUACUCCGGAGACGCAGUAUUGUUGUGCAAUUGAUAAUAUCGAUGAACAGAAGGUGGGAUGUUGUAAUCAAUUGAACGGUGAAAUUCUGCAAUUAUUUCGUCCUAGUCAACGGGUGGGCUAUUUAGUAUUAUGCGAUGAUCAUAAGAAACGAUUGCAGUCUCAUAAUUCCUGUGCUGGUUGCGGUAUAUUCUGCACACAGGGCAAAUUUACUCUCUGCAAACAUCGUCAUUUCUUUCAUCCUGAAUGUGCCCAAAAAUUUAUUAUUAAUAGUAAGUACGAUCCACAGCAGCCCGCAGGUCAUAAAGCUAGUCCAACAUUAGUCCUUAAGUGUCCACACUGUGGUGUGGACACGCCGGAGCGUACGUCGAUGGUAACAAUGAAAUGCCAAACAUUGCCAGUGUUUUCAACAACGCAAAGAUCCACGUCCUUGCAAAUGGCCGGAAUUCAUAACAGCAACGGAAUACAGGCAGCAAGUUUGACUAUGAAAGCAACAACAGCCACCUUAAAUACUAACGUUAACAGCACUAACGGAUGUAUAGAUAAUCAGAGCGGUCAAACAAAACUAAGAACAACAACAGCAGUCACAUCUCUAUUGCCGCCUCCACUACCACGGCCUAUGAUGAUCAACUAUGAGCAACUGAUACCGGAGUCGGUAAUGAAUGUGGCGGUAAGGCGUCAAAGUACCGCGUCUAUGUCACGUAAUAAAAAUGCAGUUGAAUUUACUACCCGUGAUAUGUAUUACGCUAUAGAAAACGAUGACCUGGAGAGGGUAGCAGAGAUACUGGCUUCAAAUUAUGAUGUGGCAACGCCUAUGCGGGAAUUUUUCAAUGGCACUUGCUUGCAUUUGGUGGCACAUUUCGGCACUUUGCAAAUGGCUUAUUUGUUGCUAUGUAAGGCGGCCAACCCGGAUGUUAUCAAUGUAUUGGAUCGUGAAUUGCGUACAGCGGUUAUGUGUGCCGUUAAAGAAGAGAAAUGCGAUUUAGUAAAUUUGUUCGCUCAAAGUAGAGCUGAUUUGGCGGUAAAGGGUCCUGAUGGUCGCACCGUUUUGCAUAUAGCUGCUCAGACUGGAAAUCUAGAAAUUACCCAGUUAUUAGUAUUUAGUUAUAAGGCUUCGAAGAAUAUUUCAAAUUUUUUAAGCUUUAUUAAUGCUCAAGAUGAUGGAGGGUGGACUGCUAUGGUCUGGGCCGCCGAAUUGGGUCAUACUGGCAUAGUAAGCCUUCUCUUGCAGCAGGGUGCUGAUCCUAACAUAUGCGACAAUGAUAACAAUACUGUACUGCAUUGGGCUGCCUUACAUAACAAUGAUUUGGAUACCAUUACAAUAUUACUGCAGGCCGGUAUUAAUUGUAACAUACAAAAUAUUGAAGGAGAAACACCAUUGCAUAUUGCUUGCCACCAUUCGAGUACCCGCUUGUGUAUAGCUUUAAUAGCUAACGGUGCGGACUUGCUACUGAGAAAUCGUUCGGAUGAAUUGCCUUAUGAUUGUAUACCAAAUGAAGAUUCGGAGUGCGCCCGUACUGUGGGUUUUAAUAUGCAAAUGCGCGCUUUUCAUCCCCGAGAUUUUCAGCGUACUCGCAUUGUUUGCGGAGAUAUAAGUAAUGGACGUGAAUUAAGACCUAUACAGGCGUUACGGAAUGAUAUUAAUUUUGAGGGUAGUGAAGGUGUCUCAGCUGACGAAUCGGACCAGAUUAUGUGGCCCGAUUUUCGUUACAUUACGGAUACUAUAAUACUCCAGAAUUCAGUGCAAAUCGAUAAACGCGUAUCGCAAAUGCGCAUUUGUACAUGCAUGGAUGGCUGUUCUACUGAUCAGUGUCAGUGUACGGGAGCAUCGGUACAAUGUUGGUACACAGCCGAGGGCCGUUUGUGUUCAGAUUUUAAUUAUGACGAUCCAGCCCUUAUAUUCGAAUGUAAUGACGUAUGUGGCUGCAAUAAGCUGUCUUGUAAAAAUCGCGUGGUUCAGAAUGGUGUACGCAUACCACUUCAAGUUAUCGAAUGCGAGGAUUCGUUUAAAGGCUGGGGUGUACGCUCUUUAAUACCAGUACCUAAAGGCAGCUUUGUAGCUGGAUAUGUUGGCGAAAUUUUAACGGAUCUCGAGGCUGACCGUCGAAUGGACGACAGUUAUUUUUUUGAUUUGGGUCAUAACCAUUGUAUUGACGCAAAUUAUUAUGGAAAUGUUAGUCGUUUUUUUAAUCAUUCCUGUGAACCGAACAUAAUUCCGGUUAGAGUGUUUUACGAGCACCAAGACUACCGUUUUCCAAAAAUAGCCUUCUUUACCUGUCGAGAAAUAGAGGCAGGCGAAGAAAUUUGUUUUGAUUAUGGCGAUAAAUUUUGGUUGGUAAAAAAUCGCUAUUUUUCUUGUAAAUGUUUAACCCCAUCUUGCCGUUAUUCCCACAAACCUCUGGAAAACGGUGAACUCGCUACCGAUUCAGUUACCACGAGUAACGUAGGUAAUAUAAACGAUGUUACUACAAAUAAUUCAGCAAUCCCAGCUGUAGUUGUUAAUCCUCCUCUGGUUAACAGCGCAGCGACUACUGUUACUAUGACUACGAGCACCCCUGUUAUUCAUUUAGUUGACCAAACACAACCUUAGCUAUAGGAUUUAAGCAAUUUUACUUAUAUUAUAAUUUUAGAUCAAUAAUUUAAGAGUUCAUUUUAAAACCAGAGCAAAAGGUAUUCGGGUUUGAUCGAAUAUUUUUCUGGUCACCACCUGCAUUGUAAGAAACAAAAGAAAAAAAAAAAGAAAGAAAGAACGAAUUCCACCAGAUUAAUGCAUGUAUUAAUAUAAACAUUCACAUAAUGUAUGAAGCUUGCGUUUUGUGAAAAGAUUCGCAUAUUUUUAUACCUGGGCAAAAUUAGCUAUCGGCGAUUUUGCGUUCUCAAUCGUACGUUGUAAACUAAUUUUGACUAGAGUUGGAAAGUUUUGGUUUUGUAUCUUUCAUUUACCAAAGACCUAUCCGUAAAUGUGUUCUACGUAUAUUCGAUGGAAAGUUUUUCACGGUGUUUGCCCAUAGUUCAACAUAUCGUGCCAACUUAAUUAAGAUGGCCGAGGACAGAUUGCUCAUCAAUAUAGUUGACUCGAAUACAUACGUUGACGAAAAUGUAUAUAUUUUCCAAACUUAAGGAAACAGACUUGAUGUAAGAUGAACUUCCGGUGGUGGGUAUAAAUUGCUUAAAAUACAUCCACAGAGCUUUGUAUUCUAUGCAGCUUUUUCAUAUUUCAUAAGUUUUGUUGUUUCGUUGAUUAAAAAGAAAAUACUAAGUUAAACAAAUUAUGAAAUGCUAAAAAGCCAAAUACAAACAUUUUUAUAAGAAAGAAAAAAUCAUUAAAUUUUGAAAGCAAACGUCACGUGUGUAGCUAAAUAGGCAUCACUUGACAAUGUUUAAUCGCAUGUAAUGAAGGCGUGUUUUAAAUAGAAUUAUAAAUGUAAAAGAAAAAAAAAAAAAUGCUAAAAUGGAAAAGAACCGGUUGGUCGGAUAUUAUGUAGAUGAUUAACUGUGUGCCAGAUCAAUUAGGUUUUUUCUAUCAAAACUGUAUAUUUUAGUGAAAGGAGAACCGAAUAACCGGGUUUCAAAUCUUGCGUAGAUUAUUGUUAUUAUUAUUAUUAUUAUUAUUUUUUUUUUUUUAAUUUGAAAAUAGUUAAUAAAAACAAAAUAAAAAAGAUUAUUACACGAAUGUCAGACUGAUAAAAAAAACCGCGCAAAUUUUAUUAACUGGUUAACUGUUCCUUUGUUAUUUCCCUAAACACGCGUAAAGUAUAGGGGAAAAUGGUUCUUUUCUCGUAUUAUCACUAAAAAAAUUCAUUAAUUACUGGGUAGUGGUAGUAGAAGACAAUUGGCAUCAUUUCAUAAUUCAUAAAGCCGGUUACUAUUCGUGGGACUUGCUCGUUUGCUAAAACAUACAACAUAUAAUAAAUUUAGUCAACCAGUUUUCUUUAUGCCGGUUUUUUAAGCCCAGAAAGUUUUGGACGCUCAUUGUACGCCAUCCCACUAAAUUAUCAUUUCUUUCAUUUAUUUAUGCGCCAAUAAAAACUAUUCCUUCAUUUCUUUUCAUUCUUAUUAUUCUCGAAAAGCAUAUCUCAAAUUAUUUAAGAGUACCUGAACUUUAAUAUUCGUAAAGCUUUACAUAAGAAACAAAAAAAAAAAAAAAAGAAAAAAGAAAACAAACUUAAUGAUAUUUCAGAGUACUUACGGCAUAUUGUUCAGAUUAAUAAUAAUUAGUUCGGACAAUCUACUUUUGUAAAUAUUAAAAAUUGAGAAAAACAAAAAAAGGCAUGCGGUAAUACGAGUUUGCACACAUGUGCUUCUCAUAGAAUCGAUGUUACUUUAUAUAAUCUCUUCUAAGUUCUCUUGAAAAUAAAACAAAUGCAACUUGAAAAUAUAUAUACCGAUCAAAUUUUGAGAAAGAAGAUCGAUUUUAUAAGAAAUAAUCAAUCGAAUGCCUAUGUUUAAUAUUAAUGUUCGUUAAUCUAACCAUCCGAGUUCGAAGAUGUGGCAUGAUUCGUGAACUUAAAAAAAGAACCAAAUAUAUGAUUAUUAAUAACUUAUACCAUAUAGCAGUGAAACAAUUCCGUAUAAAUGUUUAUUGAAUCCAUUUAAAAGUUUUAUGGGAAAAUAUAAUAUAUAGGCCCAUGUGAAGUGUCUGGAACCAUAACAAAAAACUUAGUGGUUCUUAUAUAGCUCCUUUAGCUGCAUGCUAAUAAUGCGUUUUUCGCAUUACGAUUCACUUUACUUUCGUGCUUGCAUAAUACUACAAUUAACAUGUUACCUACCGUGUGCAUAUGCUUGUGUAUUUUGUUAAACUUCACGAAACUCCCGCGCGCCCACGUUUGUGGUUUUCGUUGAAUGUGAAUUAAUGCCCGUAUGCAUGCAUUCACUUGUCUCGACAACCGUUAAUUUUCAUUUCCUCGCAAAUAAAUAAGGUAUACACUCGCUUUCAAAGCUUGCCGUUAGAUGAGGGAAUGAUUGCAUUGAGCGGUCAACCAAACUUCUGAGUAUAUAAUCCCAUAAGACUAUUUAGAUAUGAAAUUUUAAAUAGAAAGGUAUCUGAGUCUAAGACGGGUUAUAUCUGUAACUUCGACUUGUAUAUAAUAAACGGCAGAAGAAAAUAUAUAUAUACAGAGUGAAAAUUAGAAUCUACGGUACCGUCAGGAUAAACAGUGGACUGUCUGUCAUAUUAAAACUAAUAUAGCUGAGUGUAAGUGAAUAAAUUGCCGGAAAUAACAAGUACUGCUGGGAAUUUGGCGGCAGUCCAAUAAAAUUAGGAAAAUCAUGAUGGAUUUAGGCGCAGAUACGAUGCGUUUGAUACUAAACGAUUAUUGCUGCAUACAACAGCAGGUCUGACAUACAUAUACACACACACGAACACAUAGUAAAUAAAAUAGAUUUAAUAAAUAUUUAUGUCACACUUGAGGUUGCUAACUGUUAUAGAUGGUAAGUUAUCAAUAACACAAUAUGUUUGAAAAUAUCACCUUUUUUCGUUUCACUUUCGCUGGCUCCGAUGUCCAACGUUGAACUUUGGACUGCAUACGUCGCCAAGUAUGUCUUUGUAACUUUUAACUGUAGAUGAAUACUUGUUUAAAACAUCUUAAAAUCGCAUUAAACGCAUUAAAGAUCUAUAUCAAGUUCAGGGCCUCUAAUUUAAUGCGAACAGUAUAAUAAAAUAAUAUUGUAAAGCAAAUACCUUCACAUAAUUCGGAAGUAACUUAAGCAAACAAAAGUUGUUUUUGUUUAAAGAAAAAAAUGGAAAAAUAAAGAAAUACCGGUAACUCUUUUAGAAGAGAUCAUCCGGUUAAUUGUAAAAAACAAUCUGGUUAUUCGGUUUUUAAAUAUUUAAGACAAUUAUUGGUAUUUUAUAAAAGAAAAACAAAAUUCAUAUUAAUUUAACAGAUAUAAAUUCAAGUAUCCCGUUAUUAGAAUAACCCAAUAAUUUAAUCAUGUAAACUUGAAAAAUCUAUUGAUUGAAAAUUCACAAUUUUCGGCGUCGAUUUUUAUAUACAUUU